CUUCCACGGUGCUUUUUUCUGAUUGGCUCCUGAAAAGUAAACCCAGCAUUCCACACCAUUUAGCUGCUGCAGCUUUUCCACUGCAGACUGUGGUCUUUUUCCUCACCUGGACUCUCUGCUCACUCUGAGGAUUGCCCACUUAAAAUUCAGUCUAUCUGCAACUUCUGACACAGCUGAGGACUGCUCGUCAACAACUCGCUCGUAUCGGUGGAAAUAUGUUUGGGUUAGCUCUGAAAUAUGUCACGUUGCUGUAUUUCUGUUCACUCUAUCCUACCUUUGGACAGGACUGUCCCAGUAGGCAGGGAAUACAAAGUUCUCUGAAGCAGGUCCAGAAACUUCUGUCAGCCCACGAAGCCUCCUACUUGCAGAGUCUACGCAACCUGAAGAAGAAAAUUAAUGUACUGCAGAGCAGUGCAGGCCGGCAGACGACAAAAACCUUCAACACAGGUACCUGCCCAAAACUGGAAGCUCCUCUCAACGGGAGGAAACUUGGCAAGUCUCACACUGUUGGCCAUGAGGUCCAUUUUCUGUGUGACCCUGGUUAUGAACUUGUGGGAUCAGAGAGUAGAGCGUGUCAGGAAAGUCUGACCUGGAGUGGCCAGCAGCCCAACUGCCAAGACAUCAAUGAGUGUGCGUCCUCUCCCUGCCUGAACGGUGGGACGUGCACAGAUGAGGUGAACCAGUUUUCUUGUGUCUGUGCCAAAGGCUGGGCUGGAGCUACCUGUCAAAGCGCUGUGCCAACAUUUUUUAUCACCACGGCAAACGCCUCUGCGGCUACUGCUGCUGCUGCCGCUGCUGCUGCUGCUGCCACCACCUUACCAGCUGCCACCACCGGGCUUUUUGUACGUCCAUCACGUUGCACGACAGUGCAAGGGGCCUCCCACUGCACCUGUGACCCUGGAUACACCAUCUCUGGCAGAGACAGCAACAUGUGCACUGAUAUAGAUGAAUGUGAGCUGUUCCAUAAUGGACAAGGUGGGAGAUUGUGUUUACAUGCUUGUAUUAACACUCCUGGAGGUUAUCGCUGUUCCUGUCCUGCUGGGUACAAUGUGACUCGGGAUGGACGCAGCUGUAAAGAUAUUGAUGAGUGUGCCACCAGGCAAAACAACUGCACAAAGGACCAGAUGUGCAUUAACACAUAUGGUGGGUUCCAGUGUGUUCGUGUGGACUGUCCCAAAAUCCCUAAUGCUACAUAUGUCAAAACAUCACCAAUGCGCUGUGAACGCAACCCCUGCCCUGUGGACAACAAAGCAUGUUCUCAGGCCCCAAAUUCCUUCUCCUACCAUUACCUGGCCGUUGUGUCCAACCUAUCAGCUCCUCGCGUCAUGUUCAGAGUCUCUGCAUUGCGCCCAAUCGGUGACACACUUCGCUUCUCUUUGCUAGGCGGAAAACAAGCUCGCCGCCAUUUCACGGUCCAGCGUUCGGACCGUCAAACAGGUCAACUGAUGCUGGUGAGCCCUGUGCAGGGUCCUGCCACCCUGGAGGCAGAAGUGGAGAUGAGUGAGCUGGAGAAAAGAAUCCAGAUUGGGAGGUACAUCACCAAAGUCACCAUGUUUGUUUCCCAGUAUGACUUCUAAAGAGUAUUUUAUUGGACAAAGAUAUGAAAUUGUGCAGAAGCUGAAAGUUAAAUGCAAACUAUAAAGCUAAGUUUGAAUGGAAGACCUGUUUUAAACUGGACCAGAAAAGGAAGUAGUCAAAAUUAUUAUUUUUGAAAGUGCUGUCUUUAUGUUCAACAUGCAAUAGUGGUGUGCGAAGAUUGUAUUCCUCUUCAUUUACUUGUUUUAUUUAUAUUUUGGUGUCUAACACAGUAGAACUUAAUUAUUCACACCUCCCGUACAAUCAUUAAAUAUCUUAUGAACCAA